AUGAAUCAAAAUUGUUUUGAGUUAGAGGAGCGUGAUAACAACGAUAAAGACGACGACGGCGUUCAGCGCCGCAGCAGCACAACUUUCGCAAGAUCCGCCAAGAUGAGCAUACGAACGCGUGCCCUGGUCUUCUCCACAUUCUUUGGCAGCUGUUUGGCCAUAGGAUUGCUGCUAGUGAGCGUGACAACCAAUCACUGGGUGCGCGCUUAUCCGCGACGCAUUAACUCCACCGAGGCCAAAGGUGAUGUUAACUUCGGCCUCUUCUAUGGCAGCCAGUACUUGAAUCUGGGCAUUGGUGAGCGCUGUCAUCCGCUUGAAGUUUAUUCAUUUAUUCGCACCGAGCAUGGCGAUAACAGUUUCUGGCUUUGGCUGAUCACCACCCUGGGCACCGGACUCGGCCUCUUGGCUUGUGCUGUGGCUGCCAUAGCUGCUGUGCUGAAGUCGGCAUCGGCCGCCAAGAAAGGUGGCACUAUGGUGCUGCUUUUGGCCUCCAACAUUUCAGCAGCUGGCGCACAGAUUGUUGCCUUUGUGGCCUGGCUGGUGCAGUUUUAUCAGUAUCUCAUACACAAUGUGCUGUUGACGGAGCACCAGAAACAACAUUGGACCAGCACAGGACUGGCUAGUCUGGGCUACAGCUUCUAUUUGGUUGUAAUAUCCACAAUUGUAGUACUUAUUAACAUCAUCAUAUUGCUGUAUGCUAAGAGACGUGAGCAUCGCGAUCGCCAUCGCUUAGAGCCGCUGAGCAAAGACAAGAAUCAGGCGGCCAUAAUGCUUUAUUAGCCAAGAAUUAGGCAGAAUAUAUUAUCCUCAAGUAACCUCAAGAAAAACCAAAAAAAUUUUCGAUCAAACGAUGAGGGACAAUAAUCUCAGCGGCCCACAUGUCUGUGCCUUACUUAAAGAUGCCCUUUGAAUGCCACAUGACAAAUAUCGAAUGUAAUCCUUAUUUAUAUAUAUAUGUAAACAAAUGAAUCUUCUAGUUAAACCUUAUAAUUUUCAUAGUUUGUAAGUUUUUAUUUCCAAAUGUACCACGUUGAAGUCAAGUCUGAUACGCAUUUUGAUAGCACAUUCUAACUUGAUAGAACAAAUGCACGAUACAAUUUUGAUAAAUAUUCUUGUAUUGACAUAAGUAUUUUAAAUGUUAUUUACCUUUUGCAUUUUUAUACAUACUCGAAUCUAUUUUA